AUAGGUUGAAUGGUGGAACUGACUGUGGUGAGUGGGAGGAUGGUGACCUUCACUGUGAUCCUGCAGAUGAGUGUGGUGUGAAUGAGUUCUUCAGUCCUGUCAGGAGUGUGAGUCUGGCGGCUGGACAGACAGAAACCAUAGAGCUCCACUACCUGCCCUUCCACCUGGGGAAAAGACACUGCUCCGUCCUGCUAGUCAGCCAGCAGGUUGGUGAGCAGGUGUAUCUUGUGGAGGGGACAGCAGAUCUUCCCCUGUCCUCCCCUCUGACCACAAAGCCCAGUCCUAAUGUAGUCCAUGUUAGCAGCGCCACCUCUGAUGGUGCUGAUCCCAGGCCUGCGGUGAACCUGCGUUGCGGCGUGGGCAGCACCCUGGAUGAGGUGGUGUGUGUCCCCCUGGUUAACGGGCUGUGGGAGCGGGCGCUGGCCACCGUGGGGCAGCAGAGGAUGAGCCCUGUGGAGAAGAAGAGGCGCAGCCUCACACACACUCUGGACAGCAGCACCGUCCGGGCCGGGGUGGCGGCCGCUGCACUCACCACCUCACAGUCCCUGCUGGUCCCUGGUCCAGUCCAGUCCCAGGUGGUAGAGUACAGUCUGACCGUCUCUCUCCUCUCCUCCAGUCCCUGCUGGUCCCUGAUCCAGUCCAACUCUGAGGUGGUGAUGGUACCACUGAGGUUCCAUGCCCACGUGGCCGGUCGGUUCCGGUGCCAGCUGGUUCUGCAGUCGUGGCGUGACAUCAGAGUCUACCUGCUGGAAGCCGUGGUUACCGCAGAGGGAGACCAUGCCCAGCUAGAGUUCACCACGCCCGCUCACCUGUCUGUCACUCAGGACAUCCCUCUGGGCAGGCUGUCCUUGCUGAAUGACACAGAUGGGACGGAUCACAGCUUCACCCUGAGAGGGGUGGGGGAGCGGUCCCUACCCCUGGACCACGUGGUGAUACACUGCUCUGUCAGACAGGUCACACACAGCACCCUGCAGGUCCCCAACUACAGCCAGCACCCCCUCACCUGUCAGGUGGUAUCAGACCUCUCCAUCGUCAGUGGACCGCCCACCUUGGACAUCAAACCAGGUCACACCGUCCCCUACACCGUGUCUGUGUCACCAUGGAAACGAGGGAAACAUACAGGGUCCAUGUCAUUCCUAGCCGUGGAGAGUGAGACAGGAACAGGGAAUGAGUCCAGGCAAUAUGAGGUGUGGUUCUCUAUAGAGGUCAUAUGUGAUCCUGCUCCUCCCCUGAAGGUGCUGGCUGUGCACUGUGCUGUUCAGAGCUCUGUUGCCGUGGAGAUCCCCCUUAGUAAUCCGGAGGCAGAGCCGCUUGAGCUGUGGGUGUGUCUGGAGGGAGAGGACCUGAGUGGAGACACCCUGGUGUGUGUCCCUCCCCAGAGCAGUCUCAACUACACAGUCACCUUCUCUCCUGCUGUAGUAGGGAAGAGAACAGACAG